AUGCAAAGAUCACAACAACAGCAAACCAUCAAACUCGCCAAAGCAAAACAAAAGAAAACAAUUUCUUCCGAAAGAUUGCCAACAGAAACAUUUACAUCCAUUGUAAGAGAUUGUUUAAAAUUAAAACUUGAUAUUCGACCUUUACAAUUCAAGAAGAAAUUUUCUAACGGAACAGACUUUCUUUAUGAUAAGGUAAAGAAUUUGAAGGCAGUUUGUCGAGAAAUCAAUAGAGGAGAUAAUGUCAUGAUGAAAAUAAUUUUCACAUGUCAAGAUUCUCAACCAAUAAUUCCAAAUUAUAUACAAGGAGCAGAGAGUAAUAUUGAAAAGCAUAAAAUUUCGUACCCAGAUAAGAUCAUGUCAAUAGACACUUUACGAAUUGAUAUUGAAUUUCCAUACCAUAAUUCAAUAACAGAGGUUGCUAAGAAGAUUAAUUUACAUGAGGAAGAACUGAUCAAUUCUCUUAUAACUAUUAUUGAUAUGGAUGAUCAUCAAGUUUAUUUCAAAAUGAAAACUAAUUAUUUCAAUGAGGAUAAGGAGCAUUUGUAUAGAUAUAUUGUAAUUGGAAAAAUGGAUCAAAGUGAACAUGCUUUCAUCUUUGAUGUGAGCGAUUUUUCAAAUAUUUGUGGUACCAAUGGUGCUAUUCCAAAAAAUCUCAAAAAGAUUUAUGAUUUGUGCAUGCCACAGGAUUUAGCCCAAUAUUUUGAAAAGACUGGAUGCAGCUCAACAAAUUCAGAUACAAGUGUUAGAAGAGUUGGAUUUGGAAUGUUCUUCAGAUCAGAUACCAGACCAAGCAGAGAGCGUUGCAGAAGACACUACUAUUCGGGUUGGGAAUCAGAUGGUUCAGUUGCAACCUUAGUGAACUCGUAUUCAAGGAAUGGAGAUUAUGGUAUUCAAAUAUUGGCACAGGGUGCAAGAAAAUUCUAUCCAACUGAGUAUUCUGGGAAUGCCAUCAUUUUUCUUGAUUGUAAAAUCUCAUCCGACUUGCUAUCGGGCAUGUAUCAACACUCGAAACGAAUACAACUCUACAAGCAGAUAAUUUUACAAUUUUACAUGUAUAAAAUGGAUGUGCCACUCUCCGAUACUUUGAAAAACGAUCGUCAGUUUAUUCUACAAGCACUCCAAUACGAUUUUAUAUUCCAUAAAUAUGGAAAGAAAUUUGUAGAAGAGUUUUUAAGGAAAGAUGAAGAAUUUAUUAUGGAAAUGAUAAGAGUCAAUCCAAGGAUUAUUAGAUAUUGUCCAAAAAGACCUAAAUAUUGUUUACAAGCUGUAAAGUAUGAUCCUCAAAUGUUGUUGUAUGCGCCAAAGGAGGUUAAAAGAUCAGAAUCAAUUGUUUGGGAAUUAUUCAAGAGGGAUGCUUCCUGUUUGAGAUAUGCAAGUCAACGAUUGACAAGUGGACCAUUUGCUUUUAAAGUUUUUGAGUACAAUGAGAGUGCAUUUAGAACAUUUUGUAAACAUCCAUUUACAAUUAAUUCAAUAUCUAAAAGGGAGGAUUUGUUAAAACUUGUGUCUAUGGGCUCAUACUAUUCGAAAAUUAGUCCUACAUUGAGAGAGGAUGAGGAGGUUCAAUUGGCAGCUCUCAACCAUGACGCAUAUGUUUGGCAAUUAUUGAGAGAUGAUUUAAAAAAUGAUAGGAACUUGGCAAUGGAAUGGGUUAAGAAAAAUAGAGAAAUUCUUGGAUAUACGAAAUUUAUUCACGAUUAUGAAUUUAUGGUGGAGCUGAUUGAGGAGAAUACUAUUUAUUUUUGGGAUUUCAAAGGAGAAAUGAAAGAACAACUUUUCAGAAAGAACAAAAAACUCCUUAUGACUGCUUUGGAGGAUUACAAAAUAUUGGACUAUCAUUGGAUACCUAUUAUUUCUACAAGUUGGUAUUCCCUUCCUUCAUCAAUAAGUCAAGAUAGAGAAGUAAUCAUGUUGUUUUUGAGAAAAUUAUGUAAAAAUGAAAAUGGAUAUAGAUACUUUACAUUUACCGUUUCUGGAGGAAAUAUUACAAUCAAUUGUGACCAAUAUUUUAAGGUAUGCCUUGAAAAUUUCCAAACUGACAGAGAUUUCUUCCAUUUAAAUUUAUCUAAAAUUGGGUUGAAUAGAGUAUACGCAUAUGCUGAUCAAUCAAUGAAGAGAGAUCCCAAAUUCAUUGCUUUUGUAUUCAAUUCAUAUCCUAACAAUAAUAUCACUUUUGAAUAUGACAAGAAUAUAGUGAGAGAACUUAUUCCGCUUCUCAAGACAAAUCCGUCUCAAUUAUUCACGGAUAUCAGAUCAUUGAUUUCGGAUGACAAGGAGCUAUUACUGUUAUGCAUCAAGAAUAUUAGCCCUUAUUGCUUUAAUUAUGCAUCUGAACACUUGAAAACUAAUGUGGAUUUUAUAGAGGAGUGCAUGCGAGUUAAUAAUUCAGUCAUAGCAACUGUUUCCUUGAAAUUGGUUAGAAUGAAUAAGGAAUUGGCAAUCCUAGCAUUCAAAAAGGCAGUAGAAAUAGAUAUAAUACUCCCUAUUUUAAAAGAAUAUUUGGCUGAUGAUGAAUUAUUUCAACUGCUAUUCCAACCUUAUUCAAAUAUUACUAGCGAUCGAUUGCUGAAAAUAUGUGAGGAAUUAAGAAUUUCUGAUAAUUUGAAAAAUGAUUAUGAGCUUGCAAGAAGGAUAAUGAAUAGAUCUAUCAAGUUCAGUAUCAUAUUCAAAGACGCACCAUUCAUCAAAGAAUUGAUAAUUGAAAAACUCAUUCAGGGUCCAAUCUGCUAUUUAGAAUUGAACGAUUGUUUUAAAUUUGAUUGGGAUUUGUUUAGUACUGUAUACAGAAAGGCAGAUUACAUGGGUAGAACUAAUUUGGUGUAUAAUAAUCAGCACCUCAAGAAAAAAGAUGUUUUAGUUAAAUUAUUAGGGAAAGGAGUGUAUAUUAGUGAUAAUGAUAAUGGUUUUAUUGAUAAGAAAAUUACAAAUGUGGAUUUCAUGUUGGAAAACUGUUCUCAAAUGUUGAUUUGA